AUGAAAUUGCAGGUCUAUGAAAGUGCUCAUGUUUGUCUAAAGGACCAGACUGUCCUAGCAGACUUUUCCAGUCUUGGGGAUGAGAAUCCAGAUACAUAUCCUCAUCAUUUCACCUGUGACCAGUCCAAAGUCCAGUCAGAUGAUGUUGAAGGUCCGCUAAUUGGUGAUCAUGAAACUCAGGAGUCAGAAGGUGAAGAAGCUGAUCUACACAAAUAUCUUGUGGGCUGUAAGAAGAAUCCAGGUCAUAGCCAGUUUAUACCUGUUGAUACAUUCACCUUGAAACAUUUACCUGAAGGUUUUCAAGACAAUGAUUUGUAUGAAUACAUCAAAGUUACAGCUGACUUCACAGUUAGAGUUGAUGUUAGAAUGUCAAGUCCUCACAGACCAAAGUUUUAUCCAAAGACAACUCAACAAUAUCCAUUUUCUAACAUGAGUGAGAGAAGAAACUUGAUUACAGGAAGUGGAAAUGUGUUGUAUGUAAACGAGUUUCAAGAUGGAGACAAACAAGAUGGACGUACUGCCUACACAAAGUGUUGGUGUAGAAAAUGUGAAGUUUCAAACUCACCCAGCAAUGUGUGGUGGGAGUUUCAAGUGUACACAGCCACACAUGUAGUUUUUGACGCCAUUGAGGCCAACCACACAACCUUGAGAUUGUUUUAUGAUAGAGAUGAAAGUCCAGUGGUCAGUGUUGAUAAGGUCAGUGUUAGAUAUGUAAACAUUGAGUAUGACUGGUGUUUGUUUAAAUGUGUGACAUGUGAUAAAAAUUUAGGAAAUAAACUGAUGGAAAUGUGGAAACAUUAUGUAAAUGUCAGGAGGAAAGUCUGGGACAAAUACCCUGCCUCUAGAUCUAAACACAAGUUGACCUUUAUAGUGUCACAUCAUCAUGGAUGUUCUAAACAGGUCAGUGUUGGUCAAUGGAAGGACAGACUAAAGGUGGGUGAUAGAUCUAAGUUUACUUAUACAACUUUUACAUGUCCAGGAAGUAGUGGAGCACAUGUCCACUGUCUGGGGUAUAGAGACUUGACUUGGUCUGAUCUUGUCCACAGUGGAAGUUUCAAGUCUGGAUUCAAUUACAGUGGAGUUGGUUCUAUCUAGUGAGUUGUUUCCAUUGUGAGUUGUCAAGUUCCACCAUAAAGAUGUCUUUAAGAACCCUUUACAUUCUGAACAUCAAAUGCCUCUUCAGUCUUGAGAUAAAUACAUUUAUACUUUGUGAUACAUAUUAAUAAAUUUGU